AUGUCCUCUUCUUUUCCUUACGGACAACAACCUUCAGGCAAUGGAAAUUCUUCGAACGGAAAUGGAAACCAAUCUAGCAACAACGGGACAAAUUCCACUUUGAAUGUUUCUGUACAAAAUGCUGCAGCUUUAGCGGCGUUAGUUCAGCAACAACAGUUGGAUACAAGUUCGCCUGUUAGCGCUUUGGUGGCUGAUCAGUUCCAACAAAAUCAAGAUCUCCGAACUUUAGCUUUGCACCAGCAACUUUCUACGCUGAUGCAGCAAGCACAAUUACAGCAACAACAACAACAACCGGCAGUAUCACAAUCUCAACAACAACAACAACCCUCAUUAUCUGCCUUUUUACCAUUAAAUCAACAAAUACGACAACAACAACAACCAGCCCCAUGUUCUUCUGCUCAACUUCAACAACAACAACAACAACAAACAGCUCCAGGAGGGUCGUCUUUACUUGGAAUUUAUCAACACUUACUUUCAUUACAAGCACAGCAACAACAACAACAAACGCCUACUGUUGCUGGACUUCCACAGCAAUUUAGCAAUGCUUUACAUUUGCAAAAUUCCUCUCCUGCUGCUUCAGUAUUACCACCACAAUUGGGAGGGGGUGUUCCCUCUGCUCAAUCAGCCACUUCAGGAAGCACAGCCGGACUUUUAAGUACCUUGCUUGCUUCAAAUCCAGCCUUGUUGCAUUCUUUACUUGGCCAACAGCAACAACAGCAGCAACAACAAUUGGUUGCUUUAGCUGCUCAACUGCUCCUUCCUACUGCAGCACAACAACAGCAACAACAACAAUCACAACAAUCCUCCCUUUUACAAAUGUUAAACCCUACAACUCUUUAUGCUUUUGUUAAUUAUUUACAACAGCAACAACAAGCACAACAACCACCCCCAGUUAACCAACAACUUCAAUUACUCCUUCAAUUAGCUUCUAAUGGAAGUGGAAAUGUUGGGGGAAAUACUGGAGGUUUGCAAGGAUUGUUGGCCUCUUUGAGUGGUAAUCAACAGCAAGCGUUGUUAACUGCUUUAGCUGCUCAGCAAGCACAGCAGCAACAGGAAGCCACUACCCAACAGCCCCAACCACCACAAUUACACCAACAACCUCCUCCUUCCCUCCAACCUCAACAACCCGAUGAGAAUCGCCUUCUACUUGAGCAUCUCAUUCGUCAAAGUCGCGAGGUUCAACAACAACAAAAAUUGAUGCAGCUUGAAGCUGUUGCUGCCGCUGGGAGGCCACAAACAUUUGUUGGAAGUGAACAGAUUGAACACUCCACACCAGCUACGCUUUCUCCCACAAUAGGAGGCUCUACAGCUUCUGAAAUACUUCCUGCUGCUCCCCAACAAGUACAGCAAACUUCUGCUGAAGUUCUUGCUGCACAUCAACAACAACAACAGCAGCAGCAACAUCACGAAAAUAUUGGGGCAGCUAUUCAUUCUCAGAUUAGUGCAGAACAACAAGAGCAGCAACGACAAGGGCAGGGGACUCCUAAUGAGCGUUUAAUGACUUCUGAGGCUGUACAGGAUAGAAUAUCGCGUCUAAUCAGCGAGAAUGAGGCUAUUCUUGAACCUAAUCCUGUUCUUUUGAAAAGAAGGCCAUAUCAAAGACAGAGCACUUCAAAUUCUAUGACUUCACAAACGUCAGAAAAUGCUGGUACUUCACAACGAGGAUCACCAGGCAUUCGUUCACCUGGCCCCAAACAUCAUCCAGCCACAACUCGCUCCUAUUCACUCCAUGAAACUUCAUUUCUUCGUUUUGGAGGAGGUUCCCUAACUUCUGGCCAGCCUAUCAAUCGUCAACAACUUUCCCUUCAACCCCAACCUUCUCAUCAACAUUCCCAACAAUUAACUUGCAAUUUCUGUCAUUUAAAAUUCCCCAAUGAAGCUGGACUUGAAGCACAUGAAUUACGUUGUUCAAAGAAGGAUUCAAAUUCUUGUAGCAAUCAGAUUCUUCUUCAAAAACAGCAAAGCCAGCCACAAUUAAAAAUGGUUCACCAACAAAGACAACAGCAACAGCAGCAACAACUUCAAUUACAAUUACAGCAAUUACAAGACCAUCAGUCUACUAUAGCUGCACUUGUUGGUGGGGGAAAAGGUGUUGCUAGAGAUUUGGUGAUUAAUGGAAGUGGUGGAGGACGUUCUUCUGUUCCUUCACUAAUCCAACAACAUUUUUCUAAACAACAAAGCAACCUUUCCCAACUGGUAACUUCAAGUUCAUCAGAUUCCCGUUUAAAGAAGCGUGGAUUAGACCAAGAUAGUGGCAGUUGUGGCAGUGGGACAGAUUCUUUAGAAAUGGUUUAUGACGUCUCUAAUGGUGGAAAUGGUGGUGAACAACAACAACAGCAGCAACAUGGAGCUGAAUCUUCCAAAAUGGCACGAAUUGAUGACAUGUAUUCUAUGGAAAUACAGCAACAAGAACAUAUCCAAACAAAUAUCCAACAAAAUAUUCAAAAAGAACAACAACAUUCCCAAAAUUCCCCAAAAAAUUAUCACCAUCACCAACAAAAAGCUCAGCCAAUUUUAACAAUGCGAGAUGCAAUCAUUUUUGCCAUUACAUAUUCCACAGAUCUUUGCUCAACAAUUAAAAUGCCCUACUUUUUAACUUUAACACAAAAUGAAUUACAAGAGUUGGCAGCAAAUGGGGGAGAACAGGGGAAUGAAAUUAAUAAUGGGAGUGGGGCUGGAAGUAGUUGUAAUAUUCGUGGAAGAACGAGAAAUAUUACUAGUGAAACUUUCAUGUGUUUAAACAAAGUUCGUCCAACACCAAACGAACAUAGAGACAACUGUUCUGCCUACAGUUUUUGGACUCCCUCAGAAUGUUCUAAUGGAGAAUCCCAAUUAAUCCAACUUCUUUUGUGUGCCACAAAUUCAUUUUCUGCCCCAUGGCAAAAGAGAAUAUGUCCAUUAGGUUCCCAUUACACGUUAGCUGCUAAUAAGGAAAGUAUACAAUUGAGAACAACACAUUCCUCUUUUUGGGGACAACAACAACAACAACAAAAGAUUGCUCAACAACAAACAAAUAAUACAAUUUUUAAUCCCCAACGCCAACACUGUGAUGAUUUAAUGAUUGAAAGAGGAGGAGGGUUAAUUAAAAACAUUCCAAAGAAUGAAGAUAUGGAAGAAUUAUAUCAAUUAGAGAAUUCACAAAUAAUUAAAAUGGAAACUGACGAUAAAGAAAAUGGAAGUUUACAACAAUCAGCUCCAUUUUUGCCCUCAAAAAUGGAUGAAGAAGAAAUAAAUACAAAAAUUAUCACAACAACAGAUAAUUCAAUAAAGCUUCUAAAACUUCCACCUAAUGCUACUUCUAAAGGUGUAGGAGGAUUUGGAGGAGGAAAAUACUCUUUUAAUAAAACGAAAACAAAUAUUAAUGAGGAAGUUCCGAUUUCAACGACACAAGCAAUGGUUCAGGUUUACAUACGAGGUCGUGGACGUGGACGUUAUGUUUGUGAAAGAUGUGGAAUUCGUUGUAAAAAGCCUUCUAUGUUGAAAAAACAUCUUCGUUCCCACACAAAUGUCCGCCCUUUCACUUGCAUGACCUGCAAUUUUUCUUUCAAAACAAAAGGGAAUUUAACAAAACAUUUGGUUUCAAAAACUCAUAAACGUCGAAUGCUUGAUUCAAAUAAUGAAGAAACAAUGCAAGGGAUUAAUACAACAAAAUCUUUAUUGGAAAGAAAUUAUGGAAAUGAAGAAGAAGGGGAAGAAGGGGGGAGAUUGGUGGUUGUGGAGGAGGAGGAGGAAGAGGACAACAACAACACCACUAACAUCCCUACAACUUCUUCUAAAGACCAACAACAACAACGCUUGGAACGUAUACAAGAACAAGAACAAAGAAUGCGUUGGGAAGAAGAAGAUUGGGAUGAUGAUGAUGAAGAAGACGAAGAAGAUUGGGGGUUGUUAGUUGACCAUACUCCUCAAAAAGAUGUUGUGCCACCACCUCCACCUCUAAACUAUAGACAUUUUGGGCAAGAAAAUAUCCUUGUGGAGCGUGAAACUCACACACCUCCAACACUUUGGACUCGUACAGAUUGUUUCGGCACUUUAGCAGCGGCAGCUGGGGGAUAUACAGAUGUUAGCGGUGAUGAAGAACCUGAACCUUUAGAUAUGGGUUGGCCUCCACAAGAUUCAGAAAGAAUAUGUCAAUCAGCACCUCCAUCUGCCCUUCUCUCGCCUGGAGGCCGUUCAAGAACUAAACGGAAGAAGAAAGGAAAAAUAAAUAAUAGCCAAGCAAAUGUUUCUGAUUUGAAAACAUCGCCAACAAAAUUUGAAUUUUUACAUCAGGAUUCCCAACAAGAUUUAUCAUCACCUCCAGUAGACCAUCAACAUCAACAUUCUUCCCUAAUUAAUCAACAACCUCCCCCAGCAUUAGCUAACUUCAUUCCUUCAAUAUCAGAACAACAACAUUCCCUUCAACAAAGACAACAACAGCCUUCUUUAGCUGCCCAAUUAGCUGUCGGUUUAUUACAAGUCCCUCCAUUUAAUAAUCAACAGCAACAAACAACUCCAAUAGACUUAAGACAAUCCCAAUUUCAAGCCCAACAAUUUUAUUUUCAACAAAUUAGUGAACAACAACAGCAGCAACAUUCUUCUGCUUUUGCUCCUCCAACAUCUUGUACUAACAACGGGAAUAAUGGAAAUAAUAAUUUUGUUUCUGCUUUAAAAUUUCUUGAAUGUCAUCAAAUGAAUGUUGGGGGAACUCAGCAAAUUAUUGGAGGGGAAAAUGAAAAUAAUAAUAAUGGAGGAGGAGGAGGAGGUAGAUUUUUCAUGAAAAAUAAUUGAGGUGUAUAAUGGUUCUUGCUUGGUAUUAGGCGUUUUGGGACUUCCCUUCAACAAAGACUCCGACUCCGGGCAUUUUAAAAUCCUAACUCUAGCUCUCCCUGGGCCAUACUCUGAACUGAUGUAUACUAUUGGACCUACCACACUUUUGUUCUCUCCCUUCAAUAUUAAAGUGAGAUUGAGAUUAUAUCU